AUGAACAAUGGCAAUGAUAGGAUACCCAAUCCUUACCAGAAACAAUUCUCCAAUCAACAACAAUACUCACAACAAAUACCAUCACAACAACAGCAGCAGCAAUUUCCCACAGGAAGGGAUCUUUGGCAGGGCCAAUCUAUCAGAAAUCAACCUCAAUUGCAUGUUCAACAGCAUCCGGUAGUGAAUAAAAAACGGAUGACCGGGAACACUUUGUCUACAACGGGUACCAUGCAUGGAAAGACUCCCAUGUUGAUGGCAAAUAAUGACGUUUUUUCCAUAGAACCUUAUAAGGCGAGGAAGGAUAGUGCUAGGGUAUCUGUGAUUGAAAAAUAUGAGAUCAUUGGAUAUAUUGCAGCAGGGACAUAUGGGAAAGUCUACAAGGCCAAAAGAAGUAAUUCCAUUGAUGUUAUGGACAAUAACACUAUAAUACCGUCCAAUUCUACAGACAGUUCAACGACUGAAAGUUCUUUAUUUAAUCAGAAUACAGAAAAUACUAUGAUUCCAGAUCAAAUACGAUCAACCCAGCAACAACUUCUAAAAUCUGGUUCCCACUCUAUAGAAAAUGAUAAAAUUAUGAACAUGAAUAACACUGAUAACAAUACAACUAAUAAUGGUAAUAACAACAUUAACACAAUAUUGACCCAGAAAAAUGGUACGUCUGUUAGGAAGAAGGUAUCAUCCACGUACUAUGCUAUAAAGAAAUUUAAAACAGAGAAAGAAGGUGUAGAACAAUUGCAUUAUACAGGGAUUUCUCAAAGUGCGUGUAGAGAAAUGGCUUUGUGCAGAGAGCUUAACAAUAAACAUUUGACCCAAUUAGUGGAAAUAUUUCUUGAGAGGAAAAGCAUCUACAUGGUUUAUGAAUUUGCCGAAUAUGAUUUAUUACAGAUAAUUCAUUUUCAUUCCCAUCCAGAAAAGAGGAUGAUACCGCCGAUGAUGGUGAGAUCUAUCAUGUGGCAAAUACUAGAUGGUGUAUCAUAUUUACACCAAAAUUGGGUUCUCCAUCGAGAUUUAAAGCCUGCCAAUAUUAUGGUAACAUUAGAUGGAUGUGUGAAAAUUGGGGAUUUAGGUCUCGCAAGAAAGUUCUAUAACAUGUUGCAAACACUUUACACUGGUGAUAAAGUCGUUGUAACCAUUUGGUAUAGAGCACCAGAACUAUUACUUGGAGCAAGGCAUUAUACUCCGGCCAUAGACCAAUGGGCUGUCGGUUGUAUUUUUGCAGAAUUAAUAGGUUUACAACCUCUUUUCAAGGGAGAAGAAGCCAAGAUGGAUGCUAAGAAGGGAGUUCCAUUUCAAGCAAAUCAAAUGAAAAAAAUCUUACAGGUAUUAGGUAGCCCAACUCAGAAAAAUUGGCCCAACCUGCAAAAAUACCCUGAAUAUGAACAACUGUCAAAGUUUCCAAAGUUUAAGGAUAAGUUACCAGGGUGGUAUCAUUCAGCAGGUGGGCGGGACAAAGAUACUCUUGAUUUACUUUAUAGACUAUUAAGUUAUGAUCCAAUCCAGAGAAUUGAUGCUCUUGAUGCACUGGACCAUCCUUACUUUACCAAUGGUGACUCACCUGUUUGCGAAAAUGUUUUCGAGGGGUUGAACUAUAAAUAUCCAGCCAGAAGAAUCCAUACUAAUGAUAAUGACAUUAUAAAUUUGGGAAUUCAUAGAAAUAAACAUACUUCGCAACAAACUCAAUCAAACCCUACUAACACAUCUACCUCUACGACAUUAGGGGGACUGGGUGUGAAUAGAAGAAUCUUAGCUGCGGCUGCCGCCGCAGCUGCAGCUGUUUCACAACCAGGCUCCAGAACUACAGAACCAGCAAGGAAAAGAAGAAGGUAA